AUGCAGAAUUCUUGUCGUAAACAUCCGUCUAUAUAUCAAUCAAUUUAUGAUCUUAAAACUGAACAACAUGCUAAUAUUAUUUUUGCUGAAAAAGCUGAAGCUGGAACUAUAAAAAUUGUUAAACGUGCUUUAUAUGAAGAAAUAGACGAACAGCUCCAAAAUCUAGUUGUUAAUUUUAAUUUAUAUCCUCGAAAAGAAUAUUUCAAGAAAGCCAGAGCUUUAUUUAAUUUUUAA